ACUCUUGUGCAACAAAAACACGUUUAACAGCCGGGCAAUCCGUGAUUGUCCUUCCGAUAUUUUCAGUGUAUUUGUGAUUCUUCUUUUGGUGUUUAAAUUGGAUAAUAUGGCCAUUAAAUUAAUUUUAUUUGCCAUUAUACUGUGCCACUGUCACGCCGACAAAGAUGACAAAAAGUGGGUAUGGGGUGAAAACAACCGCAACGCCAAUGGACGAAGUUACACUUCCGGACUCGUACUAAAAAAUCCAAAUACUAGAUAUAAUGUCUAUGAAGAAACAGACGACUAUUUCCCAAAUGGUUCCAAUCAGUACUACCCGUCAAAUAAUCGUCCUUUAAUAGGAAACAAUCCAAGGCCUCUUAUAUAUGAGCCCAGGCCUCCAAUAUCAGGAACAGGAUUUAUUCCCGAGGAACGUCCUGGUGGUAUCUAUAGCGGCAGCAACUCCUACAGGCCCACCUAUGGCGGUCCACAUAACCAGAACUAUCCAGACGUAGAAUCUUCUAUAGGACUCUCUGGUGCUUCUUGGCACAAAGAAGGUGGCCCGUUUAAACAAUUUGAUAAGUGCAAAUGUACAGAAAAGUUCAACUGUAACUCACCAGGAGUCUCUUAUGGCCACUGCGACGUAGGCAAACAAUACUGUUGUUACGCCACAAAAGGAGAACCAACCUCCAGCAGACCAGUGCAUUCGAUUGAGAAUGGAGUACUAGUUGGACCCGGAGGUCCAAUAGACCCCAUUUCGGGAUUUUCCGGAGGAAACAAAUUCCCCAGACCGCCUAAGCAGCUUGGAGGUGGAGGAUUCUAUAGACCCUCGUCAGGAUUCCAGGGAGGACAGUAUGGAAGCCGUCCGGUAGGAGGUUAUUCGGGAUUGUCAGAGCCUAAUGAAUAUUCGGCUGCUAAUGGAAUAUUAGUUGGGCCCGGUGGACCUUUUGAUCAGCACGGAUUUGGAAUUGGAAGGUCAGCGAAGACUAGUAUAGAUGCUAAAUCUGCCAAAAAUUAGUUUGUGUUAGUUUUUAUGCACAAAAAUAGUAAAUAUUUGAAUAAAAUGGUUAUGUAUUUAAGUUAACAGAAACUGAGGUGUUGAUCAGUAGCGAUCAUAAAUAUGGCGCUUAUUCGUUUAUCUACUGAUUAUCCUUGUUUAUUUAUUUUGAAUUAAAAAAAUACGCUAUUUUGUUAUAAAUAAAAGACUGCAGUACCUACUAUUAAAGUUUGGAAGUAUUUUUCCAUGCCUUUUUUAGCAUUUAGUUUAGUUGUUUGUACGAUUUACAAAAUGAAAAUA